AGUCAAGUCUAACUGAUCAGCAGGGACGAAAAUAGAUUACUCAAAUAUUUAUUUUUCUAUUCUUGUUUUGUUUAAUUGGCCUGGCAUUGGAAUGCGAAAACAAAGACUUGCUUAAUCUUUGAGAGGUUCUCUCUCUCCCCCUCUCACAUAGAUGGCUUAUGUACCGGCAGCUCUGCUCUUACUCUCUGCUUUAAUUGUCUUGAUCAAUGAUAAUAUUAUUGUAAAGGCUGCGAGAAAUGAGUCCCAUGUCAUCAAAUUGGGUUCCUCUCUAUCCCCGGAUUCUAACCUGAGUUCAUGGCUCUCACCUUCUGGCCGGUUUGCCUUUGGUUUCUAUCGACAAGGCAGCGGCUUCACUGUUGGGAUAUGGCUUGUUAAUGACCUUAAUCAGACUGAGCAAAGCAUAGUCGUCUGGACUGCACGGCGAGAUGAUCCGCUUGUCUCCUCCAACUCUACGCUACGGCUAACGGGAGACGGUCUGCUUCUUCAAACUGAGCAAGGUGAACAAGUACCCAUUGCCAGUAAUUUUUCAACAACAGCAAGUUCAGCUGCUAUGCUUGAUUAUGGAAACUUUGUAGUCUAUGAUAAUCGUUCUAAGGUUAUCUGGCAGAGCUUUGAUUCCCCAACUGAUACCAUACUGGGGGGUCAAAAUCUGACUGCUGGCACAUAUUUGGUAUCUAGUGUGUCUGCAUCCAACCACUUUAGCGGACGAUUUUCGCUGCAGAUGCAGAGUGAUGGAAACCUCGUUUCUUACCCGGUAAAUAUCUCCAACACUCCCGAAAAUGCUUAUUGGUCUUCCGGCACUGUUGGUUCCGCGCAACUGCUCAGUCUGAACGCAUCAGGUUUUCUCGUUUUGAUUCCUGAAACUGCACAUCCCUUGGCCACUGGCUCAUACCAUGCCCAUGAUGACGGAACUAUUAUCCACCGUGCAACGCUGGAUGCCGAUGGGAUUUUCAGAUUGUACUUGCACAAUUACUCUGUGAUGAGCCCCAGCUCAAGGGUGUCGAUUGUUUGGUCCAAUUUGCAUAACCAGUGUGAAGUCAAAGGUUUCUGUGGCUUAAACAGGUAUUGUGCAGUCCUGGAAAAGACGAACAAAACUGAGUGUCAAUGUUAUCCCGGUUUUGUAAUCAACCCCGUUGAUAUGUUUCCAGGCUGCUAUCAGAAUGCUAGUGACGAUGGCUGCACUGGCAAUGAAGACCCACGGCUGCGGUACAAGGUAGCUUCUGUCCACAAUAUAUCAUGGCCCAUUGACCAUCCUUAUUCAGUGGUGCCAUUGAAGAACCCGCAAGUUUGUAGCGACUCUUGCCUGGAAGACUGUAGUUGUAAGGCAGCGCUAUAUACUAAUGGCAAUUGCAACAAAUACAAGCUACCACUUAGAUCUGGUAUAAGAAGCCCAGAUACAACAGGAUUCAUCAAGGUAGAUGCAACACACAAUCUGCAGUUUCACAAUCCAAUGGCUACCAGAAAUUCGACAUUGGUGAAAUACGAAACCAAGAAUAGUCAUGGCUUGAUUGUAAUUCUUGCUGUGAGUCUGGGUUCCAUUGCAUGCGUAUGUUUUUCCUUUGCAGUCUCCAGUUUCAUCAUAUACAUGCACCGACUUCAGAGGUACAAGAAGCUGUUGGAUCAUACCAAAGUGGGAUUGGCUGAAGAAUUGUUCAGUUUACAAUCGUUUUCUUACACAGAGCUUGAAAACGCAACUCAUGGCUUCAAGGAAGAGUUAGGAAGGGGCACUUUUGGAGCUGUUUACAAAGGAACUCUGUCAACUAGCAACAAAAUUGUUGCUGUUAAAAGGCUCGAGAAAGUUGUGGAAGAAGGAGUGAGGGAAUUCAAAGCUGAAAUCACUACUAUUGGACGAACUCAUCACAGAAACUUGGUUCAGUUGCUUGGUUUCUGUAUCGAAGGCUCCCAAAAGCUUCUUGUAUAUGAAUACAUGAGCAGUGGCUCGCUUGCACAUCUUCUUUUUAAUAAGGCCGCGACCGUGCGCCCUUCCUGGAGAGAAAGGGUAGGAAUUGUGUUGGAUGUGGCUAAAGGGGUGCUCUAUUUACACGAAGAGUGCGGUGUGCAUAUUAUACACUGCAAUUUGAAACCCCAAAACAUACUUCUGGAUCACUCUUGGACUGCCAAGAUCUCCGAUUUCGGUUUGGCGAGGCUGUUAGUGCCAAACGAUCAAACAAAAAUAGCUGCCGGAGUCGAACAGAGAAGCGGUUACUUGGCACCUGAAUGGCAGAAGAACGCCCUGAUAUCAGUAAAAUCAGACAUCUAUAGUUUUGGUAUUGUGCUUUUGGAGACUGUAUGCUGCAGAAAAAACAUAGAGUUAAAAGUUUCAGUUCCAGAUGAGAUGAUUCUUUCUAGUUGGGCAUAUAAAUGCUUUAAGGCCGGAAAAUUAUACGAGCUUGUAGAAGAUGACGAACAAAAUGUGGAUUUGAAGACACUAGAAAGAAUGGUAAAAGUGGGGCUGUGGUGUGUUCAGGACGACCCAGCUCUGCGUCCCCUCAUGAAGAACGUAAUCUUGAUGUUGGAAGGGACAACGGAUAUACCAGUCCCUCCAUCUCCAGAGCUUCCCCAAGCCUGUUGACUGUUGAUUUAUCUUUGUUUUAAGCAUUGAAGUAAUGUAUAUGCAUAUUUGUCAAGGGAAUCAAAUAAUCUUGAUUUGAUAUAUGGAUAUAGCUAGACUCAUUCAUAUUUUAAUUUGGUGUAGCUUGGAAAAUCUCUAGAUUUCUUUCUUUCUUUUUAAUUUUCUGCUGUUUGUAUCAUGUCAAAUAAAACGUUUCUAGACUUUAAUUGAUUAUAAUUUUAAUGUUAA